CCCUCACAGGCACGCACUCUGUCAGUGGAGGAGAGGGUUUCGAAAUCCAGCUGUAGCUCAAAGUGAUCGCCUCCUUGGGCAUACCCAUCUAAGAGGAUUCUGCCCUUAUACCCUCGUGGCACUUUCUUUUGUUGUUCUGAACCUGUUGGACUCUUCUUAUCCUCCACUCGGGUUUGGGAUACAGUGAGUGUUCCGCUGAAGAAUAUCUGAAGUUUGUUUUGCAUGGCUGAAGCACCUGCCUAUGACUCAUUUGUGCUUUUUAAUAUUGACAUGAUCUGUGAGUCCUAACACACAUGACACGGCUAGAGCAUUAAUUUCUGGUCAACUGGAAUUGCUGUACAAGGAUUUUUACCAGCAAGCUAAUAGGAGUAAACUCUUAGGAGAAACCAUGAGUUGGACUCAUUCUAAAUGCUAAACGUCUGUCUGCUUGGAGCUACGCCAUCAGUGGAAUCCAAUCAAGAGAUGACCACUGUGUCUGUGGAGCCCAUAGUGGCGAUGGUGGAAAAGAUUUCCAAUGUCACUGAGAGUCCAGUAGAAAGUUCCCCAGAAGACAUGGCUGCCACGUUCACCAUUGGCACCAUCCUGUCCCUAAUGUGUCUGGUGGGUGUGUCCGGAAAUAUCUACACGCUGGUUGUCAUGUGCCACUCCAUGCGCUCAGCUGCUUCAAUGUACAUCUACAUCAUCAACCUGGCAAUGGCUGAUCUGCUCUACUUGCUCACAAUCCCAUUUGUAGUGUGUACACAUUUCCUGAAAGGAUGGUACUUUGGGGACAUAGGAUGUCGGAUCCUUAUCAGCAUGGACUUCCUUACAAUGCAUGCCAGCAUUUUCACACUGACUGUCAUGAGCACAGAACGUUACUUCGCCGUACUCAAGCCUCUGGAUACAGUCAAACGCUCAAAAAGCUACAGAAAAGCAAUCGCACUGCUGGUGUGGACUGCCUCAUUGAUCCUCACAUUACCCAUGAUCAUCAGCGUCCAGCUCAUGACAAUGAACUCCAAGCAAAUGUGCAACCCCACUCUGAGUCCUCUCUCUUACAAAAUCUACAUCUCCUUUCUCUUUGGCACAAGCAUUGUAGCUCCAGGGGUGAUUAUCGGGUACUUGUAUAUACGCCUGGCAAGAACCUACUGGAUCUCCCAAACUGAGACUUUCAAGCAGACUAAGAAGCUUCCAAACCAGAAGGUCCUGUAUCUGAUCUUUACCAUUGUGCUCCUGUUCUGGGCCUGCUUCUUACCUUUUUGGAUCUGGCAGCUUCUGAAUCAGUUCCAGCCCACAUUGGAUCUCUCCACCAAGGCCAAGCGCAACAUCAACUAUCUAACCACAUGCCUAACCUACAGCAACAGCUGCAUCAACCCGUUCCUCUACACUUUGCUCACCAAGAACUACAAGGAAUACCUUCGCAAGAGACAGAGGACUUGGACGGCUGGCAGCUACCUUAACCGGCGGAAUCGUUUUCAGCGGUCACCUCGUCGCUCCUUGUCAUCCAGCAGUCAGCAGUGCACAGAGAGCUUUGUGCUCGCACAUACCUCUCGCACCAACAACAGCAGCCUCUGAGGGAAAGAAGACUGUCUGGGGCAGGACAAGAGCAAAGCGAGCCAAGAUGUCUGGUAUCUCCCUCAAACAGAAGAGGGAGAGCAAAGGAGGACCAGAGCAGGCAAGAGAAGAAAAGAAAGUCAUGGCACACAGAAGACUCCUAUGUUAAGAGGCCAAUUGGAGAGGAUGGAGUUGCUCGCCUCACCUGUUGUUUCAUUUCAAUCCUCAAUGACUUUUGAAAAACCAAUUCCCGGUUGAUCUGUUCCCUGUGCUGUAAUCACCCUGAAAGCGGGUUGAUUUAUUUGACUUAUUUAUUUUCAUAUCAUCCUUCAGACUCUGUCAUCAAAGAUGAAAUUUCAGAGCAUUACCAAGAGAAAAAUGUGACAACUUUCAUCUCUCCCAAGUGACUUACUAUGAUGAGAAUCAUUUCCUUCAAAUAACUGCAAUCAGAACCUAUCCGAACAUGACUCCUGCGAAAGAUCACAUCAAAAAAGAGGCGUAUUUCCUAGAACAAAAUGGCUUUCUUUCAUAUUUAUGAAAGAUUCUUGCUCUGUUUGAUCUUGUGAGUCGCGUUUGACAGGAAGAUAUUCCAUUUGAUUUGUUUUUGAUUCUCUGAUGAUCUUCAUGGUAGGGUUCUAAGUGGCGAUGCAGUCAUAUAAAGCCCUCAGGAACACUGUGGGAAGGACUUCUGAGUACACUUUUAUUUUUCAGAGAGCUGUAUUCCAAUCCCCGGGCCUGUCAGACGGAUUCUCUCUGACCAGCAAGGAUUCUGUCUUCUCCAUCCUAUUUUUGACAAGACCGGAGGAUUUACGUUGACCUCGGACUGACCCGAGAGCUGUUUCUCCAACCUACAAUGCAGAGGAUGCUUGGCUUUGACUUUUAAUGACUUUGACAUUUAUACUUCCCAUACUGAUAAGUCAGUGCCUGUCCAGAUGGAAGGUCUGUAUACAUAUAGGACAUACAAUAAACGCAAUGCGCACAGUGUGAGCACUGCAGAAGGAAACUCAUCAUCUUGGCAACUUUAACUUCCUGACUCUAAAGGAAUAGAUUAUUUAUCUUAAUGCACAAUGGCAAAAUGGCGCUUAUUGUUGUUGGACUCAGUCUUGUUUUACACAAAAAAUAAACAGGAAAGUACUGCCCAAAUGUCGCUUUGGUAUGCUGAAUCUGAAAAAUCUGAGAAUUUUGUAUAGAGAGCUGAAAUAUACUUGGUAACACGUUACAAUAAAGUACAACUUUUUGACAAUAGUUAACAAGUUGCAUUAGGUAUGUAACUCUUAAAAAAAAAUAAAAAAUCAGUAGUAUUUUCUAUCACGUACAAUGUAAGUCACUGAGUGUCACCAUCAACUGUUUAGUAAAUAACAUUUUUCAAAAUAUCUUCAAUGUAUUAAGCUGAUGGAACUACUCUUUUAACAUUAUAGUUAACUAUUUUGAACUAACAUUGAUCAAUAUCUGAAAAGUUUAUAUAUCUUAAUUUUAAGACAAAACAUGUCAUGUUGUAUCUGCAAAAAUAAAAUUCACUAUGUGAACUAACUUGAAUAUUCUUAACAUAAUUUCUAACUUAAUAAUAGGUAAUAAAUGCUGUAAACAAGAGACUGCUCAAUGUAAGUUCAUUUUAGUUAAAGCAUAGACUUCAUUCUAAAGAGAUGAUGAUAAUAAAUAGAAACCAUGCAUACUUGUGCAUUAACUAAUGUUCAUUGCACAUUGUCAGAUUGUAAAGUGUUACCAGGAACUUAAUGUUUGUUUUGUAUUUAUAUUAAAUUUAGAUGGGCAGAUUACUUGUUGUAAAUAUUACAGAUGUUAUUUAAUUUUUAAUUUUGCCUUCAUCUUUGUUUACACAACAGCUAAGGGCAAUCAAAGAUCAGGUGAAGAACACAAAUAUGUAUUAUACAAAAUAAUAAAGAAUAUAUGAAGAAAGCCUUUUUGCACCUAUUGCACAAAAAAAAAAAAAAAAAAUACAUAUACUCAAUGGCCACUUUAUUAGGUAAAGUCCAACUGCGAACUGUUCAACUGCUCGUUAACAAAUAUCCAGUGAGUGGCAGUUCUGUGGGCUCAAAUGUCUUGUUUGAGGAGAGUGGGCCGACUAGUUCGAGCUGAAAGAAAGGCAACAGUAACACAAAUAACCACUCGUUACAACCGAGAUAUGCAGAAGAGCAUCUCUAAACGCAAAACAAGUUCAACCUUGAAGCGAAAGGGCUACAGCUGCAGAAGAGCAUACUGGGCGGUCAGCAAAGAGCUGAUACUCCGGUCAGCAAAGAACAUGAAACUUAGGCUACAGUUCGCAUAGGCUCAUCAAAAUUGGACAAUAAAAAAUUAGAAAAAUGUUACCUAGUCAAAUGUUUCUCGAUUUCUGCUACGACAUUCCAAUGGCAGGGUCAGAAUUUGGCAUUAACAACAUAAAAGCAUGGAUCCAUCCUGCCUUGUAUCAAAAGUUCAGGCUGGUGGUGUAAUGGUCUGGGGGACAUUUUAUUGGCACACAUUCUGCCCAUAAGUACCAAUUGAGCAUUGUUCAGAGUACCAGUACCAGAGUAUUGUUGCCGACCAUGUCCAUCCCUUUAUGGCCACAGUGAACCCAUCUUCUGAUGGCUACUUUCAGCAGAAUAACACACCAUGUCAUAAAGCACAUUUCCUUAACAUGACAAUGAGUUUACUGUACUCAAACGGCCUCCACAGUCACCAGAUCCCAAUCCAAUAGACCACCUUUGGGAUGUGGUAGAACAAAAGAUUCGCUUUAUAGAUGCGCAGCCAACAAAUCUGCAGCAACUACAUGAUGCUAUCAUUUCAAUAUGGACCAAAAUCUCUGAGGAAUUUUCCAGUACCUUGUUGAAUCUAUGCUACAAAGGAUUAAGGCAGUUCUGAAGGCAAAACUGGGUCCAACCUGAUACUAAUAAAGUAGCCGGUGAGUGUAAAUAUGAUAAAAUUAGUGUGGAAAUCAGUAGAAGAAGCUUUCAAUGAAGCAAAAGAAUAGUUUCAAGGCUAAAUUGUGUACCUCAAGAGAAAAUGACUUGUUUCCAAAUGACUAAAACAGCCAUUUUUUUAUCGACUUGCUUUGUAGCAAGGUAAUUUUUUUCUUUCAUAAGAUUAAUAAUGGAUGUGCUUUUGGAAAUUUUUGCGCAAAUACAAACAACUAGAGACAAUUUAAAUGAAGUGCAGGAAUUCAAAAGCAAUGCUUUCUUGAAGCUGUUUGAUUGAGGCCUACACAGAUAUUUCCACAUUUUCUCUCUGUGUCUUUGUUUUAAUCGUGCUGUAGUGAUGACAUUUUUUCAUAUUUGUCAUUUCUUAGUCUAUGUGCAAUUGCAACAAUUCUCACUGUAUUUAAAAGACUCAAUGAUGCUUGCUGAGCAAUGUACCUUAUAUGCACUUAAUAAACAUGUUCAGUAAACAGUGGCACUACUUCU